AUGCCACCAGUUGGUCCAUCUAGACCAUCCUCCUCAGGAAGAACAGGUGCACCCAGACAGUCUAAGAAUACCAAGUUUAUGCUUCCUUAUGGAACUAGGUACAUCAACAAUGAUCUACCAUUGGAUGUUGAACCAGUUCAAUACAUGUUCAUUCGAGAACCAAAGCAUGUCAUUUUCUUUCUUGAGAGUCAAAAUCACAUGUGCUUUCAACGCACUGAUGAUCUUUCUUCUGCUCCCAUUAAACAUUUGUUUCAUCUUUGCAUUGAAGGACUUAACCACUUUGAACUAGAAAGAGGAUAUUGUGUGUUGAUAUCUAUGGAGCUUAGUAGAAGACUGGAUGAACUUGAAAUUGAUGAAUUCAGAUAG